UCCAGCUGCCUCCAACAGGGCCAAAGUCCCCUCUCGCCUGGCGCGGAGGCAACAAGAGCGUUGCCCGGGCGGGUGCUUGCUUUGGCACCUGGGAUCCUGGCUCCCUGCCCGUUUCCCUCCUGGCGGUCUGGCCCUGUGCCCGGGGCGGAGCGGACUCAGGUGAGCUGAGCCGCGACGGCGCGGCAGGCGUGUCCCCAGCGGCGAGGGCGGCCCAUCCUGCUAACCCCACGCCCGGCGCACCUGCCCGGCCAGUGCCAGCCCGCCAGCUUCCCUCGACGGUCCUCCAGCCAGAGCCAGCCAUGUACGGCAUCCAGCAACAAACCCAGGCGACGACGCUGCCGCCGUGCAUGCGGCCGCUGCAGCCCUCCUACACCCCGCCGGCCCCUUGCUACGUGCCGCCCGCGCCGGCUCCCUCCUACGUGCCGCCCGCGCCGGCCCCCUGCUACGUGCCGCCACCGCCGGUCCCUUCCCGUCCUUGCUUCGAUCCUUGCGGCCAGCCGACGCUGCCCAGGCCGCUGCCCCCGCAGACGUGCCCGCCCCAGCCGCCGGUGGUGACCGCCAGGCCCUGUUACGAGCCGUGCGGCCCGCCGUCGGUGUCCCGGCCGCUGCCCCAGCAGACGUGCCCGGUUCCUCUCCCAGCCACGCUGCCCCGCGCGCGGCAGAACCGCCCCGCGCCGCUGCCGAUGCCCCUGCAGUGCCCAGACCCGGUGCCCUGCCCCCAGGACGGCUGCCACAGCGGAGGCAGCGUGGUCUACGAACGCGUCCGGACUUACAGCAGCCCCGGCGGGAAACGCGUGCAGCUCCUGGACCCGCCCAACUGCUUGCCUCGUGCGCCCUCCCCCUUUGAGACCACCCCGGGGUGCCAGCACGUCAUCUGGAGCAGCGACCCCCCGUUGCAGGAAGUCCAAUCUCCAUCCUUGAAAUUGUCUCCUUAUUCCCAAGGCAGUGUCCGGAGGGUUAUAUUAGAGAAUCCUGGCCAGGAGCCCUUGUCUCCACUUCUGAGAGAUGGAAAUAAGGUGAUAUAUGAAAAGACAAUAAGAAAAUAUGAACUGCUAAAUCCAGAACAGCAAUACCAAUAUGGCCUCCAGUCUGACCAGUGCCAAGUCAGCCAACCAGUGGAACAUGUCCAAGUGGUCCAGCAGUGCCAGCAAACACAGGCGGGCAAUUGCUAUGACGUAAGUCCCAUCUGUGUCAAUGAUUACGGAAGUGGGAAUGUGAAGAAGGUCACCCUUCAGACCUGCGAACCGGUGAAAUGUGUUUAUGAAGUAAAUGAUCAGUUGGACUCUCGGUUCUUUGGCGAGCUCCUGGCAGAACUGCACCGCAAGAGCAGCGAACUCUAUAGCUGUUUACUCCAGCAUGUCGAUAAGCUAGGUGGAAGGAGAUAUGAAAUCGACUCUCUGAAUCAAACGGAAGAUAUUGAGAGUUUGAUUCCUAAAGGGAUUUCUGAAUCAACAAAGCAACAAAUCCGUUAUCUCCUAGAGAUGAGAGUAACAGCUGAUAAGUCAAUGAGGCUUGUCCUUGCUACAUUCAACAACCUUCGAGAAGAGCUUGUUCAUCUUCAGGAUGACUUAGGGAAACUGGAAACUGACAAAGUGCUGCUUGAGAAAGACCUAGCUUUUAAAGAGUCCCAAGUAAAGGAGUAUGAAACCCUUCUGGAGUCGGUGCGAGAGAAUAAUCGCCAGCAGCAGCAAGCCCUCAGGGAGUACACUUUGAAGUGCCGCUCGCUGGAAGAGCAGCUCCUCUCUCUCCGGCACAAUGAUGGAGACCGAGAGUUCCGGCUGAAAGACCUGGAAUACAGCAAGCGAGCCUUGGAGCAAGAAAUCCAGAAUCUGAGACUGCAGGCUUCCUCUAACACUCCAGGCCAGACCACCGUUGACGAACUAUCCAGCCGCUAUGUGGAGAUGAUCAACCAGCUUAGAGAGGAUAAGGACAGGGAGAUCCGCAACCUCAGGUCCAAAUUAUGUGAAUUCCAGCGGGAUUUUUCAAGGAAGCAGGGGAGUGACACUGACCUCCAGAUUAGACUGCAAGAUCUGACUUUAAGGCUGGAAGAGAGAGAUGCCACAUUGAAGCAGUUGGAAGAUGAAAUCUUCAGAUUGAAGCAAGAAAAACUAGCAAACAAUUCAUCCCAAGGAGUAACAAAGACUAUCAUCACUAAAAAGUACAGGAAUCAGUAUCCCAUCCUUGGCCUCUUGUCUGAUGACUACAAUGUCACAUCACCUGUAAAGGAAUCACAGACAAUUGUAAUUGAAAAAACUGGGGAAAUGUGGAAGCAGGAGGCCUAUACGGCUGAUUAAAGAACUGCUUCCUUUCUUUCAAGUAUGAACAAGUUCCCUGGACAAGCCACAGCUGAUCAGAGGAGUUCAUGUGCAAAUGAAUGUUGUUACAUUAUUUUUCCGCUUUUCUUCUUCUAUUGAUUUUUCAAGUCUGAAACGCAAAACAGUCAUGGUUAGGGGGAAAAUGUUACAGGCACACUACAUAAUGUGUGUGUGUGUGGAAUGGGGGUGUCUUGGCUUUGAUUGUUCACAUAUGAGUGGUUUUCAAACAUUCUUCUUCCUUCAGUCUUAAUUGUAUUGACAGGUUAUUGGAAAGUAUUGGCAGAGUAUUGGAGAUACUCUGGUGUGUCUUGAAAAGGAGUUUGAGGUGCAUGAGUUCAUACAAGGGACUGCCAAGUUUGUCCUCCCCAUUGACCCAUGGGAACAGAGAAUGUCACUUAGAAUGUACCCAGUUCACUGCAAAGGUGAGUAGCAGUGGGUGAAUGGUUUUUCAGGAAAGCUCAUAAGAUGUUAGGAAGCUGCCUUGUACUGAGAGCAUUAGUCCAUCUCAGUACUGUUUGAAGCGAUUUCAGGUGGGAUGCUUCACAGUCCUACCUGGAGGGGCCAGGAGUUGAACCAGUUGAUCUUCUACAUGCAAGGCAGAUGCUCUAACACUGAGCUAUGAACUGAGCUUUUCAUCAAGGGACGCUUGUGUUCCCUCAAAUGCAAUGUGGCAACUAUAGAAAAUUGUCUUUUGAAUGAAUUCCCCGCCCCCUAAUGCCCUGUCCUAUAAUCUCACUGAAAGACAGACACACACAACUCAUUAUGCUUUGGAUAAAAUAAGAGUUUCUCCUCUCCCUCCCUCUCUCUCUUUUUUCGAAAAGUUCAGGUGUGCCACUUUUGAAAUUAAUCCAUCAUGCUGGAUAGUUAGCAAUGUCUGUGGGUUGACUUCAUCACUUUGCAGUGCAAGGUCAAUUGACAAAACUGAACAGUCAAGGUUAAGUUGUAUAUAGUAAACUUGCUUGCAUGAUUUUCAUGAUGUUAAAGGGCAGGGGGUGGGGAGCCCAAUAUACUGGGGUGUGUGAAUUGACUAGAAAGGACCAUUUCCCAUGGUAGAUAUCAUGGUCAACUUAAGUUGGGAGAUUAUUAGCAUGUGUCAUUCAGAGAAAAUUACAUGAUGCUUAUGCCCAUUUUUCAAAAGUGACUUGGAAAUGGUGUGAUCACCCAGUGACCAUAUUGGGAGCUUUAAAUAGUGUAGAAGUCACACCAUGCUCCCCCUUGACCUAAUGCUAAUGAGGACUCUUCUCCAACUUGCCUAAUCUGGGAAGGUCACAGCUAUAGGGUAUUAAUGGUGGGUUGUUGUAUUCAGAUAAAACUUGUUAGCCAUGCACUUAAACCUCAUUGAUUUUUCAAUCGGAUAGAGAGGUGCCUAUCUCCAUUUGGGCAGUGCUCAUUGUAAAUAGAAAACUUGUGGGGCAGCAUAGCAGGAAGGGUGUAUAUGACACUUCCCUAGAAUCAGCCUAAUGAUGUGUUUGAUGGCAAACACUCAUACUGGUGUGUCUGCCAAAAUAACAUUGUGUUUCCUGAUUCACAUUGGUGUUGCAGCUAGUAUUCAUGUGGCUGUUUAGCUUUUCCAUAAAGCCAAUGAGUGUUAAGCACAAGAAUGUUGUCACCACUGCCAUGUUCACUCUUGCAAGGGGAUGAGGUGGGCUGAUAAAAAGAAUAAUGAAAAUGUGCUUUCGAGGAGUGUGGCUGGUGAUUGUUAUAUCCCAAGGCAGCUAUCUUGGGACUAAGCUUUUAAGCAGUUAUUAUCAAAUUUGUUUUACCAAUCGUGACUGUUAUUAUUAUCUUGAUAGCAUAUAAUUUUCUGUUUUGCAUGUAAGCUUUUUUCCCUUGUUCUAUUCAGUACUGGAAAAAAAAUGAAACAAACCCCGAGUUUUGCCCAGGAAAGUUGUUUUGUUAACAAAAUAACUCCAGUUUUACUCCCACCUAAAAUAUUGGAACUCUGGAUCAGAGUAAACUGUGGUUUACUGUUGUAAAUCAUCUAGAUUUCUGAUCCACAACUAGCAUAUGCUUUCCCUACCCUUCAAUUUUGCAUUCCCAGGCAGGCUGCAAAAACCGGUUAAUCCACCCGAGGCGAGCUUCCAUUUAUGCUUUGUUGGCUGCCAUAAUACCUUGCAUUGGCCUAUUGAUUGGUAAAAAUGAGGGCAGCACCCAAAAUAGAAAUCAGAGAGAGAGAGACGGAGAGAAACAAUCUGUAGGAAGGGGGAAAAUAAUCAAGGUUUCCAUUUGAAAUGCAUUAGGUAUUUUCUACUUUUGUUCCAGAACAAACUUUAAGAUUUGCCUCUUAAAAAAAAAAUCUUCAUUAAAAAUGUUUUCCCAGAUUCUGCAAAUUAAAGAGGCAUACCCAAGAAGCACCAUCAAUUAGGAACCCAAUAAAAUGAACUAAAUUGGACAAGAGCACUUUCCACACUCUUGAACACUCUUGAUCUAGCUCUGAGGGCCUUCUGCCGAUUCCCUGUGAGAAGUAAGGUUACAGGGAACCAGGCUGAGGGUCUUCUGUGGAAUGCCCUUCCAUCAGAUGU